UCAUUAUCGUUUGAGAUGUCUGGCAAACUGGGUCUAGGGAAACGCUUGUUACUCGCCAUAAUAGUUCUUUGGAAUUACUGUGAAGCGGAAAAUAUCCGGCCAUUUUAUCCCCAGGGACGUAUAGUUGGCGGUAUUGCGGCAAGUGAGGGCCAAUUUCCCUAUCAGGUGUCGCUGCGUUGGGGUGGAGCCCAUGUUUGCGGUGGAAGCAUAGUGUCCGCCAGCUACAUUGUGACAGCGGCACAUUGUCUUACCCUGGGAACUGCGGAACAAAAACUCCCAGCCUCUUUGAUUAGCAUACGUGCUGGCAGUAGAUUCUAUGAUCGCGGUGGCCAAGUGGUGCAGGCUGUGGAGACCACAGUACAUCCGGAUUACAAAGAUUUUGACAAUGACAUAGGUUUGGUAAAAUUGUCACUGCCUUUGGAAUUUAACGCAGGAGUCAAGGCCAUACCGUUGGCCUCUCAUGAACCACCUACGGGUGUACCAGUGGUAACUUCCGGUUGGGGUCGUACCACUAACAAUGGUACGGUUGUCAAGUUGCUUCGCUAUAAUAGCCUAACGGCAUUGACCAGCCUUGAUUGUAGUCGCCGUUUACCAGCAAUACCGGAAUCCGUUAUAUGUUUAGCUCACAGCGCGGGAAAUGGGGUGUGCAAUGGCGAUUCUGGUGGCCCAGCUGUCUACAAUAAUCAAUUGGUCGGUGUUACCAAUUAUAUGGUUCGGACAUGUGGUUCUACGAAACCAGAUGCCUAUGCAAGUGUGGCCUACUUUGCAGAAUGGAUAAGGGAGAAUUCAAGGGAAUAGAUUUUGAAAUGGAAUAACCGAAAAAAUGUUCUACAGAUUUUUAAAAUAAAGGAUAGCCCCACUAUGGGCUUUGAAUAAAAUAUGUGCA